AUGGAAGCUGAAGAGAAAAUCCGAGGAAAAAAGAAAAAUAACAUAUAUCGUCCUGUUCUUCCUGAAGGAUAUACCGUCGAUGCUGAUGAAAUGGUGGAUGGCUUGUCGCAGAGCAAGGAGAGCAAUGUGCCAUCAUCCAGAAUUGGUCGCCUGGCUUCGUUUGGUCAGUUAGCUUUUGGACUUGCCGGAGGAGCUGCAGCUGAAGCCACUCGUCGAGCAUUUUCAUUUGGAACAGCGGCAGUUGCAGAAGGGCAGCCCACGAAUCCACUCUUUUCUUCUGCAAACGCCGAUAGGAUCGUUCAGACGUUAUGCCGGGUAAGAGGAGCUGCUCUAAAACUUGGUCAGAUGCUUUCAAUACAAGAUCCCGAGACCGUUUCCCCUGCACUCCUCGAAAUUUUUGAGCGUGUUCGUCAGAGUGCAGAUUUUAUGCCUUUAAAACAGGUGGAGAAACAAAUGUUUGCCGCGUUUGGAUCGGACUGGAGGACGCGCUUUGCUUCUUUUGAAGAUCGUCCAUUUGCCGCGGCUUCAAUUGGACAGGUUCAUAGAGCUGUUUUACCGGAUGGACGUAAAGUGGCAGUGAAAAUUCAGUAUCCGGGAGUUGCAGAGGGAAUCGACUCUGACAUCAACAAUCUCAUAUCCGUACUUGGAAUAGGUGGAAUCUUUCCGAAAGGGUUGUUUUUGGAGCAAUUCGUGGAGGUAGCCCGCAAAGAACUCGCCGAUGAAUGCAGGUAUUUGAGAGAGGCGCGUGCUAUGAAGAAGUUCCGUGAGCUGCUUGCUGACUCAAAUGACUUCUACAUUCCUGAAGUAGUGGAUUCGCUUACGACUGACCGAGUUCUGACUGCAGAAUACGUAGUUGGAAAACCGGUUGACAAGUGUGUGAAUGAGCCGCAAGUAGUUCGCGACUACAUCGCUGGGAAAUUCAUCGAGCUUUGUCUGUAUGAGAUUUUCAUGUGGAGAUUUAUGCAGACCGAUCCGAAUUGGUCAAACUUCUUCUUAGGAGUUCACCCAAUAACGGGCAAACCUCGUAUGAUACUUCUCGAUUUUGGCGCGACACGUUCUUACAGUAAGAAGUUCGUCGAUUGUUAUAUGAAAUUGAUAAAGGCUGCAGCGGACCUGGACACUAAAAGGAUAACUGAAUUAUCAAAAGAGAUUGGCUUUCUGACCGGUUAUGAGUCUUCUGUCAUGGAAAAGGCCCAUGCUGAAUCCGUCCUUAUUAUGGGCGAAACUCUGGCAAGUAAUACUCCAUUCGAUUUUGCUCGACAGAGUGUUACCAAAAAGGUUCAAAAACAUCUGCCAGUCAUGCUAGAGCACAGAUUGAAAUCUCCUCCAGAGGAAAUCUACUCCCUGCAUCGUAAACUCUCUGGCUCUUACCUGCUGGCCACUAAACUGAAAGCUGUGGUCUCAUGUGGUGCUCUUUUCAAUGAGAUUUACGAUAAUUAUUCAUUUGGAGAAGAUGGCAAAGAUAUAGACAUCGAUUCACCGGAAGAAAUUGCUGCUCAGAAGGCAUAA